AUGACAGUCGACCUUUCCGGCCGCACCAGCAUAUCUCAUUCAAGGAUGAAAAACAAAUCGAUGCUCAUCCUGUGCAAGCAGCGUGAGAUCCUGUACGCACACGCCGAGUUCAUGCCGAGAAAAGCGGAUGGACUGGCGCCCAGCCAGGGUCCCCAGCCACCUGCACAGCAUCACACUCCGCCUGCCGGCUGGUCAGCAACCGUCCCUGCUAGUGCCGGGGCCCUGUUGCCCUGUCCGUCGGAUCCUGCUGUCCCGGGGCAGCAACAUCACCAACGGCAUCAGCUGAGCUUGCCGGCCCCAGCUAUGCCACUUCCGCCGCUGCCUUCCCAUCACGAGCAGCUACAGCUGCAGGAGCGGCACGAGGGGCCGCGAGGUCCCAACCAAGGAGAGGGUUAUAACGCUCACGGGGAUAAGGCCCUGCCGCUAGAAGAAGGCCCUGGCCUGGACGCUUUCGAUCCUACAGUUCCUAGUUACCUGGAACCUGAGCAACAGUGGCAUCCCCCCGUAGCGGCAUCCGCGCCGCAGGUAUUCUCGUUUGAGCAGCAACAGCUACAGCCGCAGCAGCCGUACAGCCAGAGCCCUUUGCAUCAACAGCAGCAGCAAGGGCCACAUGGGCAAGAGCCCUGGAUGCAACAGCACCCCUACCCGCCGUCAUUUCCAAUGCCGCAACCUCAGCGGCGCCAGCAGCAGCAGCAGCCGUUGCCGGCGCCGCCGCUGCUGCCGCCGCCGCCGCCGCAGCAGCAGCAGCAGCGGCAUAAGCGGCCGAGGUCACCUGACGUCAGGUCAGGUGCUCCACAUGAGCCGUCUGUGGGGUUUACGGCGGGCGGCGCCAACAAUGGCGGGGCUGCGCGGCAGUGGCGAUACUACCAUAUCUUGCGCUGGCAGGCAACCGCCAACCACAUUCUGUUUUACCUAGUGGACGAGCAUUAUAAUGCGGAGCUGGCAGUCGUGGGCACGGAUCUGCGUUUCUCCGGCCACUUCGUCUACUCCACCCUUCCCGAGUGUCCCGUGGCGGGCCAACCCCUUCGCUGCACCAACCGCAAUCGGGUGAUGGACUGGUUGGCGGCACAGGGCGCAGUGGAGGCGGCGGACACCGCCAGGCUGCACAUCCCCCCACUGCGGCCUCAUGAACUAGAGCUCCUCGAGUCGUCUGACCCGCUGUACUCCCGGCCGCCUGAGACGGUCCUCGACCGGCAAUACGUGUCCUGGCGCGAGGAGGUCAGUGUGUUGCCGGAUGGUCGCCACAUGAAGCAAUUCUGGCUGGUGGCAGCGCCUGGCCGGGUCGACUGCCCGGACCGACUGGUGGUAACGGCAGAGGACAGCCACCGACGGGACAGGCGCUACGCGUAUCGGGCCUUGCCUGAGUUCGGAGGCUUCGUGUUUGAGAACGGCAGCUGCGCCAAGGCAAGUGCGGUGCACGUGCCGGACAUGAUGGUAAUGGGCUGUGCAGAGGCUGCAUCGCGUUGCGGAUGCAGGGGUCGGGGAGUGGUUGGACUUCAUCGUUGGCAAGCUAUCCAGGCCCGCCCCACGUGCCGUCAAGAUCACGCAGACCUCCCGCCGGAAGACUGCCACGACCCAGGCGCUCGGGUAGCGCCUCCAGCACUUGCGCCCCCGCAUGCUGAGGUUUCACGGCUGUUGGCAGUUCGGCCUCUGAAGGCGCCAUGCGCCCUCACUCUCCAACUGGCCGCCCGCCGCCUUGGCUCCAGCUCCGGUGGCGCCGCCGGGGCCGCCGGCAGCAGCCACUCCGCCACUGCCGUAGCGGCCGCCAUCUCCCUCAGCGACGAGGCACUCGACGGCGGCGACGGUGGCGGUGGUCACGGUAGCGACCGAGGCGGCGGCAGCGGAGGGGAGGUCAACUUCCUAGCAGCUGCCCGAGAGGGCCCCCUGCCCUGCUGGACGCACCAAGCGGCAAAGCUCCCCCCCGUCCAAGAGCUUCCUCCAGUUGCAGAUGGCAGCGCAUGGACAGCGACGCCGUACAGUAGCGUACCUUGGUCAGCGCCACAGGAGGACUACUGGGAUCCGCCAGUGGCGGCGCGGAAUGGCCCCCUGGAAGGGUGGAACCAAGCGGCAGCGACUACCUUCUUGCGCGCUGAAACGGAGACGACAUCGGUGCCAGAUCCGCAGCCCGGCAGAUCUGAGCCUGCCAGGUUGGCAGCGAGUAAUGCAUCGCCGCACUUCGCGCGGCAGCCGUCGCUUCUUCCUGUGCAUGCGAGCCCGCAGGACGGGCUCCACGCGGCCCUCGAUCCGCCCAUGUUCGGCGAGGCCGAGCCACCACCGCCACCACUGCCACCACCGCAGCCGCAGCCGCAACAGUGGCCGGUCGGCCGCCACCGCGAUCCGUGGCAAGAUUGGGACAAUCCCGACGACCACGAGCCCGACCAGCAACCUCAACGCCAGCAUGCGCUGGCCGAGAUGUCGUGCCUGCCACCACUCCUAGUCAGGAACGGACCCCAGGAAGAAGACGCGGCAGAAGAGCUACCCGGUUGGGCAACCCAGGCGUCAAAUGGCAAUGGGGAGCGAGGCCGUACCUUGUCUGAAGGCGGUGCGACACCCGCCCCGGACUUGGCGGCGGCCGCCAUGGCUGCUCCCACAGCCACCUGGUCUUGCCUGUCAGAGGCUGGCUCCGCGUCCUUCGGCUGCUGCCAGAUGUUCAGCCCCGCACCAAAAGACGACUCGGUGUCCCGCAGCCCCGGCUACCUGAUGCAUGCGGAGUGUUGUCUGGUGCCGCCAGACUCGGAACCAGACUUCGACCCCUACACAGCGCCUGACGUGCGCGCCGCCUUUCUACGCUUCCCGGAGCUGCUGGAGUGGGUCACCUCCAUACCCAGCAGGGAAACCGCCGCCACCUUCGGCUUCUGGGCUGAAAAGCUGAUGGCCUUCGCUGAAUCCGCUGCGGCAGCGGCAACAACCCCUUGCCCGGUCGGGGUGGAACCCGGCAGCACAGUCCAAAUGCAAGUGCAAGAUCUGGUGCCGGACAGAGGUGGACGCCACAAGGACUUCCACGGCGCGGCAAGCCACAUGGAGAUAGAUGCCGAGAUUGACGAGAGCGGCGGCGGCUCAUGCCGUCGAAACGCCGGCAGCGAUGGCGGCGGCGGCGGCAACAGUUCCAUGGACGCGGAACAGGUAGUAGGGAUCCUUGACAAGAUUGCCGAGAUGCGGCUGAGUCUGCGGCUGUGUCUGAUGGUGAGCGACUCCAUUACGGCACUGCGGUGCUGCGGAAACUCGGUGGUCGCGGAGGCGGCGCAUCGAGUGGCGGCGGCCUGGCAGGUGGUAGCGCAGGCAGCGCUGGGCCGAGCCAGUGAGGCGCUUAAGGGUCAGAUGAACGCGGCGGUGAUCGGUCAGGAUCCGGAGAGCGACCUGUAG